UUUGCUUUUCUAUCAGUGCUUCUUGUUGUAACCGGUAUAACUCCUCUUCUUGGCGCCGCUGAAUCAUUUGACGCUCUUGUUCUUCUCGCUGCUUUUCAACUAGGGCAGUUUGCUGGAGCCUCAGUAAUUCCUCUUGCCUCUGCUGUUCUAUCAUCAUUUGUUGUUGUUGAAUUCUAUGCUGAAGGUUGGGAUCGGACAUUUCAGCGUUUUCUUGAUUUUCUUCCAUGGUUUCACCGUAGUUGGCUUCGCUAGACCAUGACGUCAGGUCGAGAAGACUCCGUUGGACUCCAUUUCCUUUUCCGUGAAAUUGUGUUGGUGCCUGAUCGGAGCGAGGUGGUGGUUGUAUUAAAUCGGAGCAUAUUUUAUUUCAUUGCAGCCAUGGUGCGAAUGAACGUAUUGAGCGAUGCCCUGACGUCCAUCAAUAACGCAGAAAAACGUGGCAAGAGACAGGUCUUGAUUAGACCAUGCUCCAAAGUCAUAGUUAAAUUUCUUACUGUAAUGAUGAAACAUGGAUACAUUGGUGAAUUUGAAAUUGUUGAUGAUCAUCGUGCUGGGAAAAUAGUUGUUAAUCUCACUGGUAGGCUGAACAAGUGUGGUGUGAUUUCACCAAGAUUUGAUGUUCCCAUUCUUGACAUUGAAAAGUGGACAAAUAAUCUUCUUCCAUCUCGUCAAUUUGGGUAUGUUGUCCUCACAACAAGUGGAGGAAUAAUGGAUCAUGAGGAAGCAAGAAGAAAGCAUCUUGGAGGGAAAAUUUUGGGAUUUUUCUUUUAAUAUAUAAUGGAUUGUCUGUUCAAUAAAUAAAAUUAAAAGAUAUUUUAAUUUAUUUUGCUUAAGACCUCUCUCCAGACCUUAAUUCCUUGUGACUUAAAAAUGUUUUUAAAUAUUUGGUUAAUUCAUCGGAUUUUGAAUUUUUGGAUCAUCUCUGGAAGAAAUAAAAAUAUACUUAUAAC